GCCUCUGCGAGCCGGAGAGUCGAGUAGAGUGUUGGUCGCAGCUCGAGUCUCUCUCUCUCUCUCUCUCUCUCUCUCUCUCUCUCCCGACGUCGCCGCCAUUUUGUGCCACUGACCGCGCGCGCAUACGCGGGGAUUCACAGGCUUCCCGCGGACGACGUCCUCUCGGUGAUGCUUCCGCCGUCCUUCGAGAAAUUCCGACAAACUCGUCCCGCUGCCCUGAGCUAGAACGAGAUACAUCGUGGUGACUGGUGAAGUGAACCUGUGUGUGCGUGUGUGUGUGCCUCGGUUUCGAAAGAGCUGUUGUACCUGCGUGUAGGUAUACUGUACCUGGUGGAUAUUGAGCUGUAUGAUACACAGUGAGAGGUGAACUACGCGCGCGCGCGCGUGUGUGUGUGUGUGAGUCUGCCUCUGUUACUGCAUCCAGGAGCUAUAAACAGUGCAAUAUUCCACGAGAUUCGAUAUUAGCCAGUAUUAUAGACUGCGAAAAGGAUAAUCGAAAGGAUACACGCAUGGCGUCGAAUAGCAGCAGCAGUGAAGCCGAGCCGUACUACAUCAGCUCCUCUGGAGCAGGACGACGCUCCUAGUGCAGCCAGUGUUAUUGAAGCCAAGACACGGGGGCAGGUGAGCCGAGAGCAGUCUCAGCGUUGCCGGAGGAGGAUUGCACGCAACGAUGCGCACCCCAGCCGAAACGGAAACGCUCGACCGGCCGGAGAGCUACUGCGUCAACAUCGGCGGCAACGCCGUUCUAGCGCAGGAGGAACAACCAAAGUCCGUCGGCCAGCUCGUCUCGCAGCCGGAAGUUUAUACCAACAGAGAUCGACCUUUGCGACUGUCGAGGCUACUGCCCUAAUGGAGUUUGCGGAGAGACGACGUCGCGGUAUGCGUUGUUGUGUGCGCAGCAUGUAUGUAUUUUUGGACAAUCGGCCUCUCGCGCGCGCUCGAAAGUGUGUCAAUGCGGCGUCUCUUCCAGGCCUUCGGAUAUGAGAGAACUUCUCAAUGGAUUGUUUGUUCGCAUAUCGCCUUAUGCACUUCUCGCGGCUGGAACUAAUUUCGAAGCAAUUACAAACAUGUCAAAUCCACGACCUCAGUUCGUUUCCUCGAGAAUCGAAGAAAAAGAAAAUAAAACAAGUCCACUUCCUGUACAAGAGUCCUCGGACAUAACGAGCCCAAUAAAUCGCCAAUUGCGCAAUGUCCUCUCCGUAUAAACAUCUCAGUAAUUCCAUCCGCUCGAACGAUAAAAUACAUUCCAAUAAAAAGAAAUCGCGAAAAAUUGCAAAUUCACCUCGCGCGCGUCAAUGAAGUCGCGCUCUUCGCAAAAACACGCAUGCACAGAAUACGCCAUUACAAUAUCCGCAGCGCAUAAUUAUUACUCUCGCUGCGAUAUUACACACACACACACACACACACACACACGCACACAGACAAGCGAGGAUUUUCAAGGCGAAGACGAGCCGAAAACUUGAUCCCUGUCCUUGAUCCCUUCUUUCUCGUCGGCGAAGAGUGAAAAAGACGACUGGAGGAAGAAAAGAAGAAGAAGAAGAGUCGAGAGGAGAGAGAGAGAGAGAGAGAGAGAAAGCGGGCGGAAAUAAAAGCAGAGAGACAGAAGACGAUGGUUAAUUUUUCGUUUUUUCAAACGACGGAUGGGUGUAUAUUUUGGAUCCGCGAGCGAGUGAAAAAUCGGCGCGAUGUGUCGGCUGUUUAGUGCGUGUGUUGUUUUGAAAAGCGAAACUAUGCAGAGAUUCAUCUUUCCUGAUUUUUUAAAGAAAUAACACCUCUACGUUUAUAAAAAACGAAAAUUUUUAUUGCAUCAUACGGUUAUUCACGUAUUCUAUUUCAUGAAAAAUCAGCUCAAUAACGCGAAGACAAUACGAAGAAGCAAACCUUUAGAAAAUUAGUCGCUCGCUUACUUGAAAAUCAAUUUUAAAAAUUUCUCUCAAACACUCCUCUGGCUGUGCCGGUAAAAAUAAAUUUUGCAAGCGAGGAGCGGCUGAUGUGCAGACUCGAGAGCGAAAAACAAAACCGCAGGUACACAAAAAGACCGGACGGCACGAAAGCGAGAAAAAAGUCACACGCGCGCGCGCAGCUAGAAAGAAACUACAUGUGUAUAUAGGUAUACGAUACGGCACACGCACGGAAUUCAGGCUCUGCGCGAAAGAAAGGCGAAACACUGCACGCGACGCAUUAUAUAUACAGGUAUGGGUACACACGCACCUAUCUUAUACGAGGGUUAGGUGGAUGCGUGGAAUAGCAAAUCCUGAUCCACAGUAUGCAAUAUAGCUGUGUCUGCUGUCCUUGUGAUUGUGUGUGUGUGUGUGUGUGUGCGUCGGCUGUUUUAUAACGGAUAUGCGCGAAAAGCGUAGAUGUGUGUGCGGAAAGUCCGUAACGGGAUUUUCGUCGAAUGUUGUUCGAUUGUUUACGGCAUGUUGAUGUUAUACAAUCGGAAGGACAUGCUGUUGGCAUAGGCGCUUUCCUAUAUACUUCUACUAAUACCUUGCAGCGCUGAUUUUCGACUUUCUCACUCACACGAAAUUCACGGGUCACCGCCGACCUAUACUUCGUAAAAAAAAAACACGACCCGACGCAAAACACGUCCAGCGGCGUUAAUAAGUCAAAUAAUAACAAGCCGAUAUUACACUUGGAGAGCGUUUCCGCUUGCGUAAGCCGCGCAAUUUUCCUCCUAUAGAGAGGGUCGCGCGGAUUUGAACUUUUCUCACUAAGUAAUACUUAGACUGCAGCUGCAGUGCACGGCACGCCUGCAGUAUAGUGAGCGUUUAUUCUCACUUUAUAUACCUGUAUACACACAGCGCGUAAUUACGCAUUCCGUGUCGUGAGCCGCCGUGCGACGGAGCACGGAGGUAACGAACCGGCGUAAUAUGUUCAAUGCACACACACACGCGCACACACACAUAUAUAUAUAUACUUAUUACUUGCGCACGAGUCGGGAUAAGGUAUAUAUGUAUAUACAUGUAGGUUCUUUACUGACUGCAAAUUCGUCUCGAGGUUUUGGAAGAUAACUGUAUAGGGUGUAAAUUAUCGAUUUCGACGAUAUGCAUCUUAUUGAUGCAAAACAUUAUUAUUCUGUUGUCGAUCAAGCACAGAGAUAAUGCAACGAUAGCUGAAACGCAUAGCCUUCUAAAUCGAUGUUAUUACUCCAUUAUUACGAGAAGUACAAAUACCUAUACUUAAAACUAGUUGACAAAUCCAUUGACAAAUGGCACUCAGCAUCACGCGGUUUUUUACAACUGUGCUCGGUUUAAGCAUGCCUUGUAUACCUAUAUAUACACACACCUAUACCGCGCGAGCCGAUAAUCGAAUAAUCUAGCGAGAUUACUUACGCGUCUCGAAAUGUGUAAACGCGUGUUGUUCGAAGUUUAAAUGCCUCCUAUUCGCUUGAGUGUCUAUAUUUUCCAAAGACUGCAAUAAUAUAUCUAUAUAUCCUCGCUAUGACAUCAGUCUGAUAAAUGUCCGUGAUACAUAGAGACAUAUCCGAAAUAUUAUUUUGUAAAUAAAAAAGCCGCUCCGAUUGAACCUAACUUAGGUUCAAAGGUGCGGUCCUUUAUUAAUGCGCCGCACGGCUCUUAUCGAAUGUUUAUUCGGAAGAGUCAAUAUAACGAAUCUUACCAUCCGCUCCGUUUUCGUUAAUCGAAUCGCAAUACACUAAAACCUAACCUCAAACUCACUCUUCUAUAUACGUCUCUCUCUCUCUCUCUCUCUCUCUCUCUCUCUCUCUCUCUCUCUCCCUCUCUCCAAUAAUGUAAUCACAAUUCUCUUCAUCUCCCUUUCGCACGUGCGGCCUCGGGCCUCUAGACACGCACUGACGAGGAGAGAGAAAACAUCAUCACACAGUCGACAGACCCAUUCCCGCACACAUGCACAUCGACACCGACAAUACGAUCGCGCGCGCAAAAAAGGAGAGAAAGAGAAAGAGCGACUAAACGCUUCAGUAGUAGGUACGCUCGGUGUCGCGGCGCCAGCAGCAACAGCAGCUCGCCGAUUUCACUGCGACGAGGACGUCGGGGGAGCCGUGCACGCAACCGUGUGUGUCGUCGUCGUCUUCGUUAUCGCGCCGCGCGUUCACCACGUUCUCCUGUCUGCUCUGCCCAUAUGUUAAGCGCGGUAAGAUGGUGCUGGCGCGCUUCUUCCUCAGGAAGCCCGAGGCUCAGGAGGAUGAGCAGCAUCACCACCGACGCGACGCCAACUUCGCCACUAGAUGAAUGCAGGGGGCGUGUGGUCAUAUCUAUGAAAUUGAUAUGUAAAUUGCACAGGCAAACUUUCUGUACAAGAUGAGCAUCAAUUGAAUUAAUAAUAGCAGUGUUUUCAUUUUUGAAUGGAUCUAUAUUAAAUUGUAAUUGGUUUUCUUUUCAGUGUGAUGUGCAUCCAAGACGAGUUGGGACAACUCAGCACUAUCGGAGGUGACCCAGUGAUCAGUGUACCACACAAAGUUCAAAUGCCAAAUUGCAGUAAUAUCAAUUCAGAAAGCAAUACAGAUUCCAGUGAAUCGACGACUAAAGCAACCAUUGCACCUGACACUGUCUAUUCGCAAAGACCCUUUGCUUGGAUAGCAGGAUGCAUGCAGCCAGUUGUGAACUUUAUAAAUAAAGUCACAUUCAGUGAAAAAAUUAAGGGAAGCCAAACUGACGAUUGGGAGAUACCAUUUGAAUAUAUCAGUGAACUGCACUGGUUGGGAUCCGGUGCUCAGGGAGCAGUGUUCAGUGGAAAACUUAAAAAAGAAAUAGUAGCUGUGAAGAAGGUGAGAGAACCUCGCGAGACUGAUAUUCGACAUCUUCGUAAACUUAAUCACCCAAAUAUUGUUCAAUUCAAGGGAGUAUGUACACAGGCUCCAUGUUAUUGUAUAAUAAUGGAGUUCUGCCCUGCAGGACCACUGUACGAUUUACUGAGAGCAGGUGAAAUCAUCCCGCCACCUCGCUUGUCGUCUUGGUCAAAACAAAUAGCUGCUGGCAUGAGAUACUUACACGAUCACAAGAUCAUCCACAGAGAUCUAAAAAGUCCAAACGUUUUAAUCGGACGAGAGGACAUAGUGAAAAUCAGCGACUUCGGAACAAGCCGUGAAUGGAAUGAGAAGAGCACCCGCAUGACCUUUGCCGGAACGGUCGCGUGGAUGGCUCCCGAAAUCAUCAGAAACGAGCCGUGCUCGGAAAAAGUGGACAUCUGGUCGUUCGGAGUGGUUCUAUGGGAGCUGCUCAGCGGUGAGAUCCCGUACAAAGACGUCGACUCCUCGGCUAUCAUGUAUGGUGUCGGUAAUAACACUCUUCGCUUGCCGAUACCCAAAACGUGUCCAGAAGGUUUCAAAAUCUUGGUCGAGCUGUGCUGGGCGGCUAAGCCGCGAAACAGACCAUCGUUCAAGCACAUUGAGAUGCAUUUAGCAAUCGCCGCUGGUGAGCUUGAAAGAACUACGCAGGACGAUUAUUUUAGAGCUCAGCAAACAUGGAAGGAAGAAAUCAGAGAACACAUGAAGCAAAUACAGAGCGACAACUCGAGCAGUCCCCGUUUCGAGGCGGACCUGAUACGUCGGCGUGAGGACGAAUUACGACACGCUCAAGACAUCAGAGAGCACUACGAACGAAAAUUGGAGCGAACUAACAAUCUCUAUAUGGAGUUGAGCGCAGUUCUGCUACAGCUCGAGCAGCGCGAAAGGGAUGUGAUGAAGAGAGAACAGCAAUCUUCUGUUCACAAGCCGAGCAAAAAGCGAAUAGUGCAUCCUUUACUGAAAUGUCAGGAGCGACUUAAUCGUCGUCGAAAUCCCACGAUCCAGUUCUCGUCCAGCCCGACGUCGCCACCCUCGCCUGGCGCCGAGUCUUCGCAGAGUCCCGUCAAGGCCACAAUGUACACGCAGCUUAACGAUUCCAACAAGCCUGAAACAGUCGUCGUGCCCAGUGGCAGCAGCUUUAAGCAAAAGAAAUACCGACACCGACGAGUUGGCUCUGGCUGCGGCAUCAGCUCUAGUCCACGAUCCAGCCCGCAGCGAGAACGAAAGGCUGCAGAGUUAUCGGUCAGUCGGCUAGUGGACAACCAGACGCAGACAGAGGUACCGGGAUCCAGUGAUCCUGAUUCUCCGAUUAAGGAAGAGCUUCCGGUUCCGCAUGAACAGCAACCGAUGCCUCAACAGCAGCGACGUCCCUCUAUCCAAGAGAGGUACAUCUUUGAGACGUCCUCUAACCGACUAUACCCGAAGUCGGCCCUCGAGUGCCCAAACAAUGGCAACAAUCCGGAAUCUCAGCAAUACCAUCACCGCGUCGGUAGUUCGUGCUCCAGCCCCGAACCCAUGAGCGACAACCGACUCAAUGGCAACAGUGAAACAACUUUGAGAGAUUGCAGUGACGAUGACCACCUUGAGACUCUGGGCAGGAAGGUUAACGAGAUUCUGAACGCCAACAGGCUCAUGUCGCCCAUGGACAAUGGCAAUUGCUGCAACGUUUCGCAUGGAAGAAUCAAGGAUGAUCUGCCAAAAACUCAGUUAUCUGAAAAGAGCACAGAAACUGAUUUGAGGCCCAGUACAGACGUCAUUGACGCUAUGUGCAACGAAGACGGCGACGCAGAAAGCUGGUCUGACGAAGAGGGAGAAGAUCCCAAUUAUACCUACAACUACUCCCUCAGAAGAAGAAGUCUCGCGCGAAGGCCAAUAGGACCUGGUUGCCGACACCGUCGCUCCAAGACGUCUCUCUGCACAAUAGUAAACAUCAAGCGAGUUCUAGCAUCGGACGAAGAGAACACCUCGGAGUACUCACACCCACCCUCCAGUCAGUCCUCUACUCUAGAGAGCAACCCAGACGUGCAACGCGCCUUCCGCAGAGUUGGUUCUUGUGAAUCGACACCCAUCGGCCACUCAAAGUACAUCCCACGUAAGCGUACUGUGUCUGCGUGUAACAUUGUCGCGAUGAGAAAAGGCACGGAUGACACCAGUGAUGGCUCUUCAUCAUCGGCGAGCCAGUCCGAGACUGAUGAGGUCAGCGAAACUACCAUUGCAUCACAGCUCGCUAAUGCCACUAUCAACUGCGAGAGCAGAGUGUAAGAGAGGCGCUGUUUAAAAUUAUUCUUAUUUUUUGUCUGAAGGAAAAAAGGGUGAACUAGCUGUAUUGGUUGAGGAAUUCCAUUGAAGACGAUACGUUAGAUUGAGAAUAUUGUUUUGCGUGUUAAUUUAAAAACGUUGUUACGGUGUUUUGGGGGCAAGCCUUAUUAUAUUGUUGAGUUCUUCGCAGCUAAUCAAUGAGAACUUUAAUAUUAAAAUCAUCAGAAUUUGUUAGUUUUUAAACUUUGAACUUAGUAAAUGAUAAAUUCAAUAGGGUUGGGGCACAACUUGGUGAAAUUUGUUUUUCCAAAAGUAAAUUUUAAAUUGAUAAUUUGAAAGCUGGAUAAUCUUUUGUAUUCAUUGUGAAGUAUUUUAAUUUAUUUACGUUUCUAAAGGACAUGUUCUGCUUAGAGAAAUUUUUACAUUGGAACGUGUUAUUUUUAACGAAUAAAUUUAUUCAGAUGCUGUGAUAAUAUAAAUGAACGAAACCUUAUUGAAAAUAUGGUUUACUAAGAAACAAACAUCAGAAAGUAACACGUUCUCUAUCUACUGUAGAAAAAAAGUAAGAUAUUAGAUCUUAUCAAGUUAUUAUUUUUUAAUGUUAAAAGAAUUUGAGUGGAUCUAAUCAAAGCGCAGCUUGCAUAUCAUUGUUAUUAUAUACCUUAAAGUAAUUAUUUUUCAAACGAAGUGAAAAUAUUUUUCUGCAAUCUAUAACCGCAUCGUUUUUUAAUGGAAUUCAUCAAUCAAGAUAAACCACGAAUUCGUAUCUCACGUAUAAUAAUGAUUGGCAAUGACGUGCCGCUCUCAAAACGUUACUUAGUGAAUUUAUUUUAAGUAUUUUGUAAAUAAUUAUCCGUGCGUGUGUAAAAAUUACAUGAUCAACGCUAAUUGUAUUUAAUAGAUGAAAUAAUUAGAAUUAUAAGUAAUCAUAUUUUAGUUUCGGCGGGAAGUGAUUUAUUUAUCUUGCGCAGUUAAAAAAUUGCAUUAAGGAUAGGCUGAUCAAUCAAAACGUUUCGUCUCUAUUUGAAAUUCAAAUACGGGAGAUGAUUAUUGAUGUCAUUACAAGGUAUAUUACGACUUAUGUUAAACAGUGCAAAGAAACAUAAUCGGUUUCGUACAGGAAUAAAUAUUGUUAAGUCUAAUAUGAUUACAUCGCGGUCGAUUAAAAUGUAGAAUAAUAACCCUCAUACUCUCAUAAUUAAGACUCUUUCUAGUGUAUGCAUAAAAAAAAAUGAUACUUACGUAUUCAUUACUGUAGAAAUUGCCAUUUGACAACUCAACUGCUAUUAUAUUGAGUUAGGGUAUGUUCGCUAUUCGAAUUAAAACUAUUUUGCGAAUCCCUCGAGAUCCGUAAUAAAAUUGUACAUACAAUAAGGCAUCACUACUCAAUCUUUUUUACGGAAAAAAUUGUAUAAAGCUUCAUUAAGUUCAAUUUAUUUUGUACAGUUCCUUAUAGUGAUUACGCUAGAUGGAUAUUACUGUCGUACGAUAGCAUUCCAUAUAGUAUCCACAAUGUGGAUAGAGUAAUGUAUAAUUUUUUUUUACUGUGAACAUGAAUGUGUAGCUUUAGAAAGCUAGGAUCGUAAGAAAUAAUAACGUAUGUCCGAAUCAGUACAAGAAAAGAAAAAAAAGAUUGUUUUUUGAAAAAUUGUAUAGUAAACAUUACAAAAAAGUAAUUGUAAACUAUUUGUUAAAAGUUUCUCGAAGUUGAAACAAAAAGUAUUAGAUACAACUUAUACGUCCGCCAAAUUGUGAAAUUAUGUCCAGUGUAAAACGAUUAAUGAAAGGAAAAAACAACAAUUAAUUGACGAAUUACAAAGAGAUAAGGAUGAAGAACCGUAUUAAUAAUUUAAUGCAAACUUAGGCUUGAGCUGUAGAUUAUUAUAUAAAUCAGCAUAUAGACGUGGCACUAAAUGGACAAUUUACACAAGCUUCUUUGUGUACCAUAAUAUCUAAAGUUAAGUGAAUUAUAUUGUACGCGGUGCCUGAGCAUGUUUGAUGUACGGCAAUGCAAUAUUUUUCAGUAUAUCCGAUACUUACAAAUGGCAGCUAUUUUUCGGUGCACUUGUAUCAAGUCGUACAGACAGACACAUAUUCGGAACAACAGAGUCCAAAAUCAAAUAUAGGCCGUCAUCGCUGUCGCUCUAAUAAAGGUGGCGAUCGAAGGAACAUCACCAAAAUUCGUAAAAUUAGCAAUCAAUGCGCAAUGUAAUGCGACAUAGAAUAUAUAUAGUAAGAAAAAAACAAUGCUAUUAGGAGAUUUAUAUACAUGUGUGCCUUGCGGCAAAUUGUAAUACGAUAGAUUGUGUUCUUGAGAUAAAAAAAGAUAAAUAAAUCUUUAGAGUACUUAUAAAAAAGGAAAACUACUGCAACGCGCAAUCUGACACUUGUAAAGAUUGUAGUGAUUAUUCAAGACUACUUUCAAUUUGAUACUCAAUUUCAAGCAUGUAUUAACAUUAGUUUUUCUAAUUGACAAAGUAACGGUAUUGAAGAAAAAUAAAAAUGAAAAUAUUUCAACGAAGUUACACCAGAAUAAAAAUGUGGUGUGCUAUAAUUUUUCACUAUUUCUACGAAAUUAAGAAUAGUCCGGUAUUGUUGUACCUGCUUGGAAAAAGCUCAGAUUGCCUUAAUGACAAUUAUUAUAUAUUUGUACAUAUAGACAAUACAAUUGCAAACAGAUUGAAUUUACGAGCUAAGUGUAAAGCCUAUCAAUGUGCUCAGACAAACAGUUAACAACAAAAUCAGGUUACUUUACAAGAGGCAUACCUACAAGAAAAAAGUAAUACAUACAUACUGUAUCCAUUGUAACGAUGCAAAUAGUAGAGUUAAUCCUACUAUGCACACAAUGACUCCUAAACCGACUGGUUCUGUAGUUGAUUGUACAAGAUCUACAUAACUUUUGUGUUACUUAUAUAACUUAUUAGUAUAUAAUAAAGUCUCUAUAUAGAUUUAUUCGUA